AAACAAAACCCCACCUUAUUUGUUUUUCUCUCACUAGUCACUCCUGCUUCGAUCUGCCACGGCUUCUCCAUUGAAGCUCUGGAGCUCCACCGAAAUCCGACCGAAUCGGAAUAGCUGUCAGAACUGCUGCUUCUUCUUCCUCUUCUUGGAAAUGGGUAGGGGUGGUUUUUCUGCUAAAUCAACAAGCUCUCUUCUUUUUAUAUGCAAUCGUUUGAGAAUUAGAGUAAGCCUUCCAUUUCGUUCUUAUUAUCAUUAUUCUACUCUUACCAGUAGUAAAAAUGCGGAAAGUCCAAAAGGGUUGUUGAAAUAUGUGAGAAAUGAGUGCAAAUCUGGAAGCUUUAGGAAUGUUGAUCAUGCCUUAUAACUGUUUGAUAAAAUGCUUCACUUAAGCCCUUUGCCUUCCAUUGCGGAUUUCACUCGGUUGUUGGGUGCCAUUGCAAGAAUGAAGCAUUACUCUCAAGUCAUUACUCUAAUUAAACAAAUCGAAUCAUUUGGUAUCCCUCCUGAUCUUUGUACUCUUAAUAUUUUGAUUAACUGCUUCUGCUAUUUAAACCGUCUAGAUUUUGGGUUCUCUGUCUUAGCAACAAUUUUCAAACUUGGUUAUCAACCAAACCGUACAACUCUAAACACUCUUGUCAAAGGGUUCUGUCGUCAAGGUAACAUUGCUGGAGCUGUGAGGUUGGUAGAAGAAUGGGCAUGAACUGGAUGCAAAUUCUCGUGGAAAGAUACUACAUGCUCUGUGUGAUAUUGGUAAGGCUGAUAUGGCUAUUAGAUUGCUUAGGAAGAUGGAAGAGGGGAAGUUUAAAGCUAAUUUGGUGCUCCAUAACAAAAUCAUUCACAAUUUAUGUAAGGACAAAUUGGUAACUGAAGCUUUGAACCUUUUAUCUGAAAUGAGGAGUAAAGGCAUUCAACCAAACAUCAUCACUUACACGUGCUUAUUUCAAGGCCUAUGCAAUUUUGGCCGGUGGAGGGAGGCUACUACUUUGUUGAGUGAGAUGGUGCAAAGGAAGGUCAUGCCAGAUGUGCAUACCUUCAACAUAUUGGUGGACCCGCUUUGCAAAAAAGGGAAGUAGAUAGAGGCAAAAGAAGUUUUUGAUGUGAUGAUUCAAAGAGGCAUUAGGCCUGAAACUGUCACUUACAAUUCUUUGAUUGAUGGAUACUGUUUGCAAAACCAAAUGAAUGAUGCAGUCAAAGCAUUUAAUGUGAUGGUUGAGAGGGGUUGUUCACCUAAUGUGUAUAGCUAUAGCAUAUUGAUCCAUGGAUAUUGCAAGAAUAAAAGAAUUGAUGAAGCAAUGAGUCUGUUUCACGAAAUGUCCAACAAAGGAGUAACUCCCAAUGUUGUGACUUACACCAUAAUGCUCGAAGGCUUUGCAAAGAGGGAUUAAUAGAUGAAGCAAGUGAGCUGCUUGAGAAAAUGGAUGAGAAUAGUUGUUCACCUAACGAGCAUACAUAUAACACAAUCAUACAAGGGAUAUUGCAACACAAUGAGACAUCAAAGGCAAUGAAAUAUCUCAAAAUAAUGGUUGACAAGGGUUUUUCGGCAAAUGCAAUGGUUGCAACCAUGUUGGGUGACUUGCUGUCAUCUAAUCAAGUAGAUAAGAACAUUCAAGAAUUGCUUCACAAGAUUGUGUGAAGGGGUUUUAGUUUAUCAAGAUCGAGGACAAGUUUCUCCCAGCACAUGUCAAUCUGUAAGGUGCUAAAGUGUUACUGUGACUGCUGCAUCAAAAUAUCACACUGUGAGGCUUUAGAAGGCAAUUGGAAAAGGGGGAAAAAGAAAAAAAAAAACUACAGUUGGUAGUUAGAUUAAUUUCCUGACUAAUUUAUAGUCGACCUUUGUGGAGACAUUUUACUCAAUGUGAUUUCACUACCCAACACAUGUAUCUUUUGACCAACUAUUAGAAAAGUUUAUAAAUUUUCUCAUUUUGUUGCAGUUGUUAUCCUUUUUAUCUUAUUCUUAGUCUUUGGUUAUUUAUUAAUGUUGUGUUAAGUAAGAGUGUAAGACAAGCACAUUAUAGCAUCAUAUAUGGUCAAUCUCUUGAAGUCAACAGCAACAAUCCAUCUGGUACGGUAAUACUGUUCUUUUCAGGUUUCUUGCUGAGACGAAGCCAAAGUUGUUGGUUUUCUGACUAUUCUCUAUUGAUGUUCUCUGUCAUUAGCUUACAGUGAUGAGGGUGUAAUUUCAUUCAAUUUGAUGGAGGGAGAGGGUGUGGGAUUUGAAAUUUGAGAACAUUGGGAAAUAUAAUAUUUGGGGGUAUAUAGGAAUGAGUGAAUCUUGUUAGGAAGAGGCUCGGCUACCUCAAAUUAGUCAGAUAAUUUUUCAUACAAUUUUUGCUUGCUUUGAUCAGUAUGGGUGGAAUUCGCAGUUUUUUCAUUGAAAUUUGGCAGGGGAGAUGAUUGUAGGUCCUACAAAGCCCUGUUUAUGGAUGAAAUAACAAAUGGUUUAGACAGUUCCACUGCAUUUCAAAUUGUUACUUGUCUUCAGCAGAUGGCGCAUAUCACAGAUGCUACUGUACUGGUUUCACUUCUUCAGCCAGCACCAGAAACCUUUGAUCUUUUUGAUGACCUUAUUUUAAUGUCAGAAGGGAAGAUUGUGUAUCAUGGUCCACCUGAUCAUCUUCUAGAAUAUUUUGAGGAUUGGGGUUUUAGGUGUCCUGAGAGGAAAUGGGUUGCUGAUUUUGUCCAAAAGGUUAUCUCUAGAAAAGAUCAAGCACAGUACUGGUAUCACAUGGAAGUACCUUACAGUUAUGUUUCAGUAGAUGUGUUCUCUAGGAAGUUCAAGGAAUCUCCUUAUGGAAAGAAGCUAGAUGAGGAGCUCUCGGAGCCAUAUGAUAAAUCCCAAAGCCAUAAGGACGCUCUUUCCUUUAGUGCGUAUUCUCUUUCUAAAUGGGAACUUUUUGGAGCAUGUGCAUCAAGGGAGCUUCUUCUCAUGGAAAGGAAUUCCUUCAUAUAUAUCUUCAAAACAACUCAGCUUUUUGUCAUUGCAUGUAUCACAAUGACUGUAUUUUUACAGACUCAGAUGGAUAUUGACGUUCUUCAUGCAAAUUACUAUAUGGGUGCCCUGUUUUAUUCUCUUAACAUCCUUCUUGUCGACGGACUUCCAGAGUUGGCCAUGACUCUUCAAAGGCUUGAAGUAUUCUACAAACAAAAAGAAUUCUGUUUUUAUCCAGCUUGGGCAUAUGCAAUCCCAGCAAGUGUUUUAAAGGUUCCACUUUCAUUUGUGGAAUCUCUAGUUUGGACAUCUCUUACUUAUUAUGUAAUUGGAUAUAGUCCUGAGGCCAAAAGGUGCACUUGACUUGAAAAUUUGUAAAUUUACUUGUGCAUUUCCCCCUAUUUUUGGUUCAUCAAUUAGUUUUCUUGUUUUAAA